GCCUCUUCUUGUUGUUUUGUUUUUAGUAUUUCUGUAUAAAUCAAAAAUUUCAUUAUGGUGAAGUUAACGGAGGAGAUGGUCGUGGCUCGGACACGAGUGUCCGAUUUCUCUGCUGUGAAGAAACUUAAUUGUUGGGGUACAGAACUGACCGAUGUGACUAUUUUACGAAAAAUGAAAAACGUGGAAGUACUGUCGUUGAGUGUGAAUAAUAUCAGUACGCUUGCCGAUUUCCAAUAUUGCCAAAGUCUUCAGGAUUUGUUUGUAAGAAAGAACAAUAUUAAAGAUUUAAAUGAAGUUUGUUACCUUCAAGGUUUACCAAACCUACGAAAUUUAUGGCUCGGUGAAAAUCCUUGUGCAGACAAAGAAGGAUAUCGGUUAGCAGUUCUCAGAGCUUUGCCAAAUUUACAAAAACUUGAUGACAAAGUAGUGUCAGCAGAAGAAGUGCAAACAGCAUUAACAAGGGGCCAUAUUUUGGUUCAUCCUCUUGAUAUUGAUGCAUCUCCACCUCAGUCAGAUGCAGUGAGUCCAGAAGAUAUUGUCACUGAAUAUAUCGAAGAAACAGAAGUGAUACGUCAUCGAAGAUAUAGUUCCUCAAGCGAUCAGAGAAGCUUUGAAGAAACACAGCACACUCAAGAAGAAUAUCAUGAAUCAGAUCGUAGGAAUGCAAACUAUAAUGCAUCACCAUCUCAUCGUUAUUCGCAAAACAAUCAGUAUACAUAUGAACUACAGAAUGGACAGUCAAAGAGUCACAGCAAAGAUGACACUGUACGUACAGAGUCACGCAACGUCAGUGAAAGUGUGAACACUAACACUGUUGAAAUGAUUAAGGAAUAUGACGAACGACCAGCAGUUUCAAGACAUAACGGUGAAUAUGACGAAAGACGAAGUUAUACAGAAUAUAGUAAUAAUGAAACACCUCAACGUGCAUAUGCACCAACGUCUCCACGUACGCAAUACUCACUGAAUGAAUCCAUGGAUGACAGACGUUCAGAUAGAAAUAAUUACGAAUACGAUAAUAGAUUCAAGCCAGAUUAUGAAGAACAGCAUGACCAAAGAAUAAAGACAGAAUAUGACGAACAACAGCCGCCAUCUCAACCUAGAAGAACGGCAGUCCAUCCUAAUGUUGAGAGGGAAGAUUCGAAUCAAGUACCUGGAUGGGUGAGACAUUCAGAGAAAGAAAAAUGUAGGUCACAAUUUCAUUAUCACAGAAGACCUGUCACAAGGAAUUCGAAUAUACUAUCAGCUGUAUUAUGCUUAGUUAAAGAACUUGAUUAUCCAAGUUUAGAAGUGGUAGAAAUGGCCGUUAGAAAUCGAAUGGACGAGUUAGAGGAAUGAUGUUUCUGACACCGUCCCCAAAACCCUCAGGGGACGGUCGCCUUCUCUCAUAUGGGCAGUAUUUCUUCAAUUCCAAGUCCAGAAUUCUCAGAUUCUCUCGAUUCUACGAUAAUUCCUUGCCAGUGCGCUGAUAAUGAUGCUAAUUGUAAUCUUGACCAAAACACAUGUGACCGGCAUUUGAUCGAUGACACUACUGACAAACGUCAAAUUCGUCGUAAUGGAUGCAUGGACGCUUCUUUGAUGAUGCGAAGUCCAAAAAAUGUAUCAAUAGAUCCAAGUCCGAGGUAUCUUGGAAACAAUCAAUGUGCGUAUAAACUUAGGGACUCUGUACCAGAUAAUUUGAUGUCAGUAGUUGGUAAUUACGAAGAUAGAAAAACCAAUGACGUUAGAAGAGUGGCGAGCAGUGAUAGUAUUCCUCGAGGUGGAUACACUGGUUUGACUUUGAGCCCGGGGUGUAGAGUUUUAAGCCAAGAUUGUGUGAGAAGGUCGAAAAG